AUGAAUUCUCCAGCUCCGUUGACUGAGGCGGAGCAGCUCGACCUCCUCGUUGCCGGUGAGCGUCUCGACGACACGGAGGCGCAGGAUACAACCCGCUUCCUCGGGACCAAUAGGCGUCACAUGUACGCGGACGGUCUGCUGAGCUGCGCUGUCUACACCUUCAGCGGGCUGCAGCACAUCCAAGGACAAAGCAAUGCCCUGACGCUGCUCACCAUGUGGACGGUUGGGACGACUUUCCUGGUCGACGUGGCAGAGCGGAAGCACCUGCAUGAAUCCCUGCAGAGCACGCUUCGCAUUGCAACGGCAACAAGCAAAGCUGAGGCGCUGGUAUUGCACGAUCAGCCGCAAGACGAUACUACGACAACAUCGACUCUAGGAAAAGCAGCAGUGGCACCGGCGCUGUCCACCGCCUCCGGUACGGUGUCAUCAGUGAUGAUGAAGGCUGCCCCACAAGACAAGGAGAAGCUCGCAGAACAGCAGCGCAAGGUGUUCCUAACGCAGGCGGUCGCGUCGUGGGUGUGGAUGCUGGCCUCUUUCCAGCAGUUUAAGGUGCACAAACGGCUCAAGUGGUGCGGGUACAGCAGCUGGGUGGGACUCGGCUGCACGGGGUACUACACAACUCGGCAUCUCUAUAACCUGCUCGUGAAGUAG